GAGGACGAGAACCAUGCCCCAGCCGCCGGAGCCCUACGCCGCCGCCGAGAUCGGAGAGGAGCCACCGCCGCCGAGGUUCGAGAGGAGCUGGCAACCACGACCUCCCUCCCCAGCUGGCCGCCACCACCCCCUCCCCAAGCAGCCAUGUACAGCACGGCGGCGCCCACGCGCCUGGCCUACGUUGGUCUCGGCCUCCCUCCUCCCUUCGUCCAAGGCCAGGAGCUCCCCCUCCCCGACCCGAUCUGGUGGAGAGAGGGCCAGGCCUUGCCACUCCGGUGGUCGCUGUGGCCAGAUCUGUCCGGGGUAGUCGCCGUAGAGCCUCUACGGCGGCGGAGUAGCAGCAGCACGACAGAAGGUGGGUGCCAGAUCGUCGUCCAGCAGCUCGCCGUCGGAGCUUCUCACUGGAGGCGAUGGAGGCCGGAAGCAGCCGUCGUUGCCAGGCAGUCGAUCAUCACCGAUGGAAAACGAGGUCCAGCCAAAAUGUCUCAGAUCGGCAGAUUCUUAGUGGAUUGCUUUCCUCAUGUAACAUCUCUGCUACAUUACAUUAGAAUUCUGUGGGGAAUGGGUAGUGGAUCAGUAUGCACAUGCUUUCUUGUUUCCAAUUCUUUUCAGCACCAUGUUUUGCAGUUUUGGUCAGUUCAACAUCAUUUUCUGGACUUCUGUCAGUCAUCACCAUGUUAUUUCUUUGACAGUGGGUGGUCAGUUCAGUAUUAUGAAAUUUAGUUAGUCAUAUUCAUUCUUAUUUCUUCAGUCAUGUUCAUUGAUCCUCUCACUCUCAGUCCCCUUCUUAGUUUUCUUUUG